CAUCAUCUUGUGAGGUAAGCUGUAAAAGCUAUUUGUACUCUUCCUAUUCUGUCGUCCACCCUUGUAAUAGACAUCAUACCCCUUCAAGCUCAGCCGCCAAACACUUCCUCCACGCGCCUCCACGCGCCGAUGGGUGCUGCAGAACAUGUAAGAAAUGAAAGAGAGAAUGAAGAAGCCAAGGAGAAUCACCAUCUUCAUCAUUUGGAGGAGGAUGAUGAGGAUGAAGAAGAAGGUGAGCAAAGAGAUGUGGAGAGGGGGUUUGAAAGGAAUGUGAACAAUCAUGGUCCUAAUCCUUUAAGAGAGCAUCAACAUCAGCAGAACAAUCAUGUUCCACCUCCAAGAGAGCCUCAGAUGUCAAGAAUGCAAAGAUUGAGUGCUACUAAUCCUUUAAGACUUGUCUUUAAUAAAGGGACUAGAGUUCCUAAUGCAACUAGUAGAGCUCCUCCUAAAGGUCCUGCUAGAGUGCCUAAUCUUAAUCCUUCUUUCCAGCCUCCUCCUCCUCAGUUUCCUCAUCCUCCCCCUCCCCUUCAUCAUCCCACCCCCUCCCCUUCUGUUUCUGUUCCUCGCUCCACUCCUACACCUCAGCAGUCUGUGAUAUCAUUGAAUUCAAGAAGAUACACAAACAGAAUAUCUCUAUUCAUAUUCCUGGUGCAUCUGGUUGCAGCAAUUGCACUAGUCUUCUUUCUUGUAUACAAGGGUGUUGAAGGGCUAGUUAGAGCAGGAGAUACAAGGAGAAAAGAAAAGAGGCUCUUGCAGUUUUUUUUGCCCCAAGCUGUAGCUAUUUCUUUUCUUAGCAUUACGCUUGCAUUCAUGUGGCAAUUUACUGUCAGAUUGUGGCCUAAAAUUAUGGUUUAUCUUAUACUUUGGAGCUCUUUCUUGAUGGCUCUUUCUGCCGGAAUUUUAUUAAUUUGCUUCCAGAAGCCCCCCACAGAUGGUGUUGGAGUAGCCCUUCUUAUGUUCUCCGUUUGUAAUGGCUUGUAUUCUUGUUGGGUUACUCCCAGAAUUAAUUUUUGCUGCAAAGUCCUUGUUAAAUCCCUUGAACCGGUGUCAAAGUUUCAUGAUUUAAACGAACCAACUUACUGGAUGCUCGGGGCUGGAUUUGUCUGGAUGCUAGUGUGGACGUUUGCCGUUAUUGGAGCAUUGAAUUUCUACUUUCCACCUCUGGUAAUAAUUGCAUUGGUACUAAGCUUGGCUUGGACAACUGAAGUUAUGAGGAAUGUUGCUAAUCAAACAGUUAGUAGAGUGAUUGCUUUGUAUUACCUUAGAGGAAUGCAGUCCAAUACUCAGUUUUGCUUCCAAAGGGCUUUGUCCAAAAAUUUAGGAAGUGCUUGUCUUGGUUCCCUUUUUGUGCCUGCCAUUGAAUUUUUGAGGAUUAUUGCUCGAGUUCUAAAUCUUAUAGAGGGUGAAGACGAAUUCAUGUUCUCAUGUGCUCACUGCUGUCUUAAUGUCAUGGAAACCAUCUUUACAUAUGGCAACGGCUGGGCUUAUGUACAGAUAGCCGCCUAUGGGAAAGGAUUUGUGCAGGCCUCGCAAGACACUUGGGAGCUCUUCAAGAAGCUUGAUAUGGAAUGCGUUGUGGAUUCUGAUAUCACCAGCGCAAUCUGCUUCCUCUCUGGAACCUGCAGUGGCUCAAUAUGUGUUAUUGUCGUGUCUGCUUGGACAUGGUCGGUACACAAAAGCUUCACAGCUACCCUCUCUCUUCUCGCCUUCUUCAUUGGUUAUUUAAUGACUAGAAUCGCCAUGGCAUUGCCUCACGCCUGUGUCAGCUGUUACUACGUCUGCUAUGCUGAGAAUCCAAAAAACCUGCUAUUCGACAAAACAAUACCAGAACGGAUCGAAAUGCUUCAUGAUGGUCGUGACUUAUCUGUGCCAACACCUCGAGUCCCACGGAGGUUCACAACAUAACUCACAUUUCCGAAUGUCUGAGGACUGAGGAGCAGAGCCAAGGAAAAAGGAUUCCAGCCAAUUUUCUCACAUUCUGGUACAGAUGCUGAAUCUUAUGGAAGAGAUUGUAAUUGCCAAAGCAGCCAUAACAUGUAAACUAUUUAGGCCCUUUUACUGUUUACCUCAGCUGUAAAUUUGUCUCUAUUUUUUUUAGCACAAGUAAUUUAAUUUGGCAAUUUGCAAGAGAUCC